GACCCCCCCGGGCGACCCUCUGCUGCAGCCGUAUUUCCCCUCCCGGCACGGCUCUCGGCACCACCACCGGCACGUCAGAGACUGUCAGCCCGUCAAGUAUGGCAACGUAACACACGAAGCUUGGCCCAGCGACAACAGGACGGGCAGCCCAGUGGCUACCACCAGAACAUUUGUUUCUUACAUCCCCUCGGGGGGCAAGGACCACAGGGCAGUCUAUGGCCACUUCACUUUUGUGAGGAACCCUCUGAGGACCUUCUCUGUGCUAGAGCCGGGCGGUGUGGGAGGCUGCCAGGCUAACCGCAGGGCCCCUGUGGAAGAGACCGCAAAGCUCGGGAAGUGUCUGGUGGCCCAGAACGGUGGGUACUUCGACAUGGGAACUGGAGAGUGCCUUGGAAAUGUUGUGAGCAAUGGAAAGCUGGUGAGAAACUCUGGAGGCCUGCAAAAUGCUCAGUUCGGCAUCCGGAAGGAUGGCACCAUGGUGUUUGGUUACCUGUCUGAGGAAGAUGUCUUGGAUCAAGCAAACCCGUUUGUACAGCUUGUGAGUGGGGUAGUUUGGCUCCUAAGAGAUGGAGAAGUGUACGUCAGUCAGAGUCAAAUGGCUGAGUGUGGUGAAAUUCAAACCACAGGAACCUUCAACAAGUUCAUCAAUGUGAUAUCAGCCAGGACUGCGGUUGGACACGACAGUCAGGGGCAGCUGGUCUUGGUUCAUGUGGACGGACAGACAGAAUCCAGAGGGGUCAACCUCUGGGAAAUGGCUGAAUUUCUGAAGCAGCAGGGACUCAUCAAUGCUAUCAACCUGGAUGGUGGAGGGUCUGCAACACUUGUCUUAAAUGGGACUCUUGCAAGCUACCCAUCUGAGCACUGCUCCUUUGACAACAUGUGGCGUUGCCCUCGGAGCAUCUCGACCAUCAUGUGUAUCCACGAGCCUGCCUGCAAGCCCGCAGACUGCAGCGGUCAUGGGGACUGCGUGCAAGGGGAGUGCCACUGCACUGGGGACUUCUGGAGAGGCCCAGCCUGUGAUGUCUUGGACUGUGGCCCUUCCAACUGCAGCCUGCAUGGUGUCUGCACUGACUCUGGAUGCCUGUGUGAUGCUGGCUGGAUUGGCAGCAACUGCAGUGAAGCUUGUGCUAGCGGUUUCUAUGGGGAUGCUUGCACCCAGAAAUGCCAGUGCCAGAAUGGUGGCUUGUGUGACCCCGUGCACGGAGCCUGUUCCUGCCCAGCUGGGUACUAUGGCACCAGCUGUGAGCAAGAGUGUCCCAUGGGCUGGUAUGGGCCAAACUGCCAGAAACCAUGUGCAUGUGAACACAUGUGUCCCUGCAACCGGGAGACAGGCAGCUGCAACAUCACCUAUGAAUUGGCAGUACAGGACCAGUUAAACAAAG